UCUCCGGACCUUGAUCGAGUACUGGUCCACAGUCUGUCAAUCUCUCGCGAUGGUGGAAUUCUGGAUUGGGAUGACCUCGUCUCUGAUGUAUUGGAUGAUCGUGAACAGCUUGUAGCCCAAUAUUCAAUUGAAGCGAGCUUGCCGGAACCAACAUUUUCUCCUCCAUCGUUUAAACGGGCUCCUCCACUUGCUCCGCUCGUUUUCGACGUCUCCCGCCUCAACCACCCAAUCAGCGACCACGACCCUGGCAGCGGCGGCGUUCUGUUGGGCCACACUCAAGUGGGACAUGGCAAUGCGGCCGGCAGUUCGAGCAGCAGCCUCAGUCUCAGCUCAGGUAGCCUGGGCGGGGGUGGAGUGGGGGCCGGCGGGCUCCAUCGACACCGGUUACCGCACCAGUUGCAUGAGCACCACCCCACCUCCUCUCGACAUCCGGCACCAUCGGAAUUUUCAGAACACCACUACCAUCAAAAUCAACAUUCACUUUCCCACCAAAGACCUCUCAGUGAAAUAGAUAUCCCACCAGCUGGUAAGAAGAAUGACCAGUUUCCUCACAAUUUGCUCAAUUUUCUUCGUUCAUGUCUUGUAAAAACUCCAGUGUUAUGUAAUGCUGGACCCUUAGGUCUUUUUGAAGACACAAAUAAGGCGGACUCAGGCUACAAAUCGGACCACACAAGACUCUUUUGCGAUGUUCCCCCUCGCGCGGCUGGAUCGGGCCGACGGACGGUCGUAACCCCUCCUCUACCCCCUCCCAUUGUCUGUGACUACGACAAAAACUCAAUUCCAACUACGCUGUCCCAGACGGCUCCGAACACAGUCACCGCGUCAGCAACUGCCUCCCUCGAAGUGCCCGCGUCUGAAUCCUGUUUAGAACUGCCCUUCCCCACAACCAUUAAACCGAUCGCUGAAAAGGUAAAAAUUGAGCUCUCUGAAGUUCUUUCUAAACGAAGGGCACAUCUUAGGAACAAUUGGGAUUAUGAAAAAAAUGAUUACGCGGAAGACGAUGAAGAAGAUGAAGACGAUGUGGACGAGGAUGAUUUCAUGGAGGUUUCGGAUGCCAUCAGUGGAAAGAGGACUGUGUUCGUGGGCGUUGCUGCCAACGUCUCCACGGCGUCUGCUGUGGACGCCUCUAUGACAGCUAGCAGUUCAGGGAAGCGUUCGACAACAGCGGGAACAGAUGGCGAGGGUGGCGACUUCAGCGACGAAGGACUUUCCACGGUGCGGCGAGUUGUUCAACAGCCAAAAGAACCCGAGACCAAACCUCUCCCAGGAACUCAGGCGUCAUCGCCUCUCAGAGCUUUUGGUGGUCAGGCCACAAAGACUUUGGACCCGCUUAUAUCAUUCGCUGAAAAUACACCGCUGAAAGCUCCAGCGACAGCAGACUGGACGCCUCUUCAACUCCGACAGCAGCUCACUCUCAUCGAUCGCCAGCGCAUCUCCAGUCCUCCUGCCAUCGGUGUUCCAAGGACCAUUCCAGAAGAAGAUGAAAAUUUAUUCAAUCAACCGUCAUCUCAGCAAAACACAUUUAAGCCAAAGACAUCUCCCGCCGAUGUCCACUGUCGGCCACGAAAAAUAAUUCAAGAAGAGGAGGAGGAAGCUGAAACUGAGGAAGAUUAUCCAAUGCUACGACUGGACUAUCGGCUAAAGUGCGUUUCAAGAAAGGAAUCCCACCAGUCAAAUGAACCUAACAAGGCCGGCGUACACACUGCAAGUCCCUUGAAACCAAACCUACCCCCUACAGAACCCCUGCAGAACGACCGUCCUUCCCACCGCGGUUUGACUACUCCUGCCGUCCUUCAGUGGCUUGAGUCGACUCAAGCAGCAGCAGCAUCCGAUGGAGGAGCCAUGUCUCCCUUCACGACGCCUUCCAGCAUCGUAUCUGGCGCGAGUUCGGCGGCUCCCACGUCGACUGGGGCUUGCGAGGAAGAGUCGAUCUCUGCCAGCCAGCACGACCUCGUCAGUCGAGUUAUAAGAAGAAAUGUUCGCGAGGCUUCAGAGGACCUCAGGCGAGGUUUCUUCCUUGCUGGCUACGAAUCAGAGCCUGUGGAUAUUCACCUCACUAACACCAUGCCUGGGGAAAAUUUGGGCAUCCAGAUUAAACCAAUCUUCACGGAGCCAACGGAACUCAUACCUUUUGUGGGCCAGGUGCCUCUGCAUCUGAACUCCAACGGCAAAUGGCAAGUUUGGAUGUCACGGGGUUUUCAUGUUGUGGCACCUGGCCUCGAGGUUCACGCCAUCAUGCCGAACGGCCGCGUAGCACGUGAAGGUACCUUGGCGGUUGGCGACAGGAUAUUGAGCAUCAACGGUACCUCGCUAAUGGGGAUACCGUUUGAUAAGGGUCGAGAAAUCUUCCAGGAAGCCCUGAAGAAUCCAGAGCUCGUGCUUCACGUGCUUCCUUACACCGGCCGAAUCAGCUCGCCUCCUCGCCUACCGACUACAUCCACCGCAGAGAGCAAUUUUGCAAGCCCACCCACAGUUCCUACACGGGAAGUUACUUCAACCGCAGCCGCUUCCAAGGAUGAAAAGCCCUCCUGCGGCCUUGUUCUCGUGGUAGACCAAAGUGAGAAGGCGAAGGAGGCGGAGACGCUAAAACCCGGUCCACCGCCGCCUCCUCGACGGUCACCACACACCGCCCUUUCACAGCAACAACAGCAGCAAGCAGAUGAUGCUUUGGGAACGGGAAAACCGGCACCUAUCCUUCCACCGAGGCACAAACCAGAGAUCGUGCAACCGCAGAUCUCGCCUUCGGGGCUAGUGACCAAAACCGUUCGAUUACGAAAGGCAAAAUUGUUCUUAAGCAUCCCUUUGUAUUUAGGAGCCUCUGGUCUGGGAUUCAGUUUGACCAGUCGGGACCAACAUCAGAGAAGGCCAAACUGUCCCGUCUUCAUAAAAAACAUCCUUCCCGGCGGGGCCGCUCUUCUGGAUGGCAACCUCAAGCCUGGCGAUCGCCUCCUUAAGGUCAGCGUGUGUUUCGACGGUUGUUUAAGGUUGUGA